AUGAAUCAAUUUGGUGUUCGUCUUCCAGAUCUGCCCGAUGAGAUACUACUGAUGAUUUUGAAAAAACUUAGUAAUACUGAUGUUCUUUAUUCGUUAUUGAAUAUUAACGAUGAACGACUUGACAUUAUAGCAAAAGAAAAAAUAUUCAGUAACAUUCUUGAUUUUGUGUCGUUCGAUCCUCUUUCUUCAAUUGAUCGCUUCAAACUAGAACAUUUUUGCUUUGAUAUAUUGCCAAAAAUUCAUGAGAAUGUCAAAUGUUUUAUUCUGAAACCAGAUUUGAUGGAAUGUGUUCUUCUUGCUAGCGACUAUCCAAAUCUGACCGAACUACAACUUUUCAAUUUCAAAGAAGAAUUCGUUUUACCUUAUUUUACAAGUGUAUCACCUCUUCGACAUAUCUUUCAAGAACAAAUUACAGAUCUUAUUCUUGUAAAUAAUGACAUAGACAAGCUGAGCGAACCAUCGAACAAUUAUACUGUAAAUGUGUAUGAACAUACUUUGAAGUUCUUUAAAAGGUUAAAACAUUUGAACAUUAUUGGAUCAGUGAAGAUGUCAAGUCCGCUUUUGUCACUUAUUGAUUUGCCAUCGAAUACUUUCCAUUCUUCAAUUCUUACUUAUUUAUCUAUCGAUGUAUGCAGUUUAGACGAUUGUCUUCAUUUACUUGAUGGUAGACUCAAACAAUUGACUACAUUGAAUGUUCGAAUAAGUUACAUAGACAGCUCAUUAGCGAUCAUUCACAAUAUGAGGUCAUAUUGUGGUAAUCAGUAG